GCGGGGCCGCCGCCGUUUUCUACGCGCAGUCGGUUCUCCGCGGGCCUCCUACCACCUGCCGUGACCGCCAGGCGGAUCCUAGGUUAUGUCGCCGUGUUUAUCAUACGCGCCGUGAUCCCGCGACAUCGGACUGCAUCGGACUCCGGUAGCCCCGCGCGGAGCGUGCGCGUACGCACACAGCCGUCGUCGUCGUCGUCGCGGCGGGCCUCGUGGGGGAUCGCCUGGGCGAAAUAUGAGAAGGACGCGCGCCGGGACGUCGACUGGGACAUCGGCCGGGGAAUCGGCAGCCGUGCUACUGCGUCGCGCCCGCGAGUCAAUUCGAUAACGGGGCCCAACCAAGGUCACAGCUGUGUUAUGAGUGUUGGCUUAUCCAUGUACGAUGGCUUGGAGAGCGAGGGCACCCCCGCCAAUGGGCUGGAGAGCGCCGCGGGUGGUGCGAAGAAACUGGCCAGGGGUAUUUCCCGCGCAACGGAAAAUGCGGCGAUUGUCUCCUACGCCCGCUCGCAAUUGGCAGCCUUAGGGACUCUCGAGACACCAGAAUUCACGUUUUCAUUGCCGGACCUGUCUGUGUACCCAGAUUCGUUCCGUAAAUUCUUGGAGAAGGACCUCAUAGAGAACGGAUGCUUGAGCUCGUUGGAGGCCGCGGGUCGUCUAAAUUGGUGGUACAAAAGUGGCAGCACCAGAGUCCUCUGGCCACUCGCAACAUCUGGAGACGGCAAUUGCCUGCUUCACGCUGCCUCGUUGGGGAUGUGGGGCUUUCAUGACAGGCUGCUUACCCUGAGAGAGGCAUUGCACAAUACCUUGACCAAAGGGGAGUACAGACAUGCGUUUUUCAGACGGUGGAAGUGGAGACAGACGGGUUUAAAUGCAGUAGCUGGACUGUCGUACACGGAAGCGGAAUGGCUAUCGGAAUGGCAAAGUAUAGUGGACAUGGCCUCUCCUACCAUCAGAAAUCAGACCGCUACCUCUUAUCAGAGCCUUGAGGAGAUACACGUUUUAGCCUUGGCCCAUGUCUUGAGAAGGCCUAUAAUAAUUAUAGCGGAAACUAUGCUGAAGGAUGCGGACGGAGUAGCUUUAGCGCCGAUCCCAUUCGGUGGAGUGUAUUUACCCUUGGAAGUAUCGCCCUCGCAUUGUCACAGAACACCUUUAUUCUUGGCGUAUCAUUCUGCUCACUUCUCCCCGCUUGUAACUGUAGACGGAUGCAAUGAUUACGGCAGCGCUUGCGGCGAAGGAGUUAGCAUACCAUUAGUGGAUCCGGACACAGGCAAAUUGUUGUCAGUCUUGUUUGCCGUGGAUCCUGGUCCUGAUUGGGAUUGGGUUGACGGUUCGCGGGAGUUGUUAACUUGUACGCAGGAUACCAUGGAGAUUUUAUUGCGGCAGUAUUUAGACUGCGAGUAUCAAAGUUUCACAUCCGAAGAUAUUGACAGACUUUCCGAUACGGACGGUCCUUUGUCAAAGACCGCGAAGCAAUUGUUAGAGGUCGCGAAACAAUUCGGUUCUAUCGGUAAAUCUGUCAGUAAAAAAUUAUUGUCGAUGACGAAUAAACGGCCAAAGAGUCCGCCUUCCACGAGCGGUGGUAUUUCCACAGAAGGCUUGUUGUGUGUGAGGAUAAAGAGUAGACGUCACGAGUAUGUGGAUCAAAUGCUUCAAAAUUACCUUCAAUGUGCCCACGCGAGAUAUCUGCAAGAUCAUCAGGUAGACGAUACGGGCAGUGAACUGAAUUACGGUGCCGGAAGAUCCAAAUUUUACGCUGCCAGUGAUCGUGGUAGUCACGCGAGCGUCAGCAAACUAGUACCCACUAACCCAAACAAAGAUAAUACGCUUUAUCUUUCGAGAUCUACAUUUUAUAAUGAUCAAAUUCCACCGAGUAAUAUGGAGCUAGACAUUUGGAACAAUAGUGACGGUUUAAAGGAUACCGUGAAGGAGUGUCGCAGCGAACACUGCCAAUUCUUUGGAUCGCCAGAAAACCAAUAUUAUUGCUCGCAGUGCUGGGCUAAUCGAUUAACAAAUUUAACAAAUUAAAUCGUUAAACAGCCGUCCAUAUCACACAUGACAAUAAUCUCUAUUUAAUAUCGAAAUAAGCUAUGAAAUAAUUUUUAGACGUAACGUUAGCCGUAAGAUAAAGCUUAUAAAUGUCCCACCAACAUAUCGUUGAUAAUAUUAAAAUACUGUUUUCAGUUUUCUUUUUGUUUCACGUUUUCUUGUAUUUAUUAACAUUUUCUGUUCUAAAACUGCAUAUCAGGUGCACAGGAUUAAACUAACCGACAUACGCGUUUAUUAUAAGCCGCGUUUAUGGCGCACAUUUCAUCGUUCCAAAAUGAUACAUUUUUUUUACAAUUUUAAUGUGCCUUCUGUCCUGCGAAAAAACGAUGAUCCAGUAUCAUAAUAGAAACAUUUAUUUUACAAUUAUCUCUACGAUUUUCAGUUGCAAUGGUUGGUUAAAAUAUUACUCGAUAAUUUUUAAAAGGAUGCAGAAAUAUUACGUUCAUAAUUACAUCCUGUGCAAUCACUGUUCAUGUAAAAUUGUGUGAAGAAUAAACAUAUUUUUAUAUAUAUAUAUAUCGCGUUAUCUGUCGUACGGUAUAUACAGUAGUUAAGAAGAUACACAAAAGACCCAGUAUUUUGCCAUAAUAAAAUGUAUUUACACAUAUUUCCUCACAUUAGCCUAUCAUCAUGUGAAAAAGGUAAUUAAUAGUAAAAUGAUUAAUAUUACCUGACAUAUUACCCAUAUUCACUAAAAUAUUGACAAAGCAUAUGUGUGUAGUAGUAUUACGCUAAUUUUAUUAAUAACUGUACGAAGAAAACAUUUUUUAUUGGUAUGUACAAAAAGAGGAAAGAAUUAUGUAAUAUAUAAAUUAUUGUUUUUUUUCAGUACUUUGUAUGUUUUCUAUUAUUAAAUAGCUAUAUAAGAAAAACGUGAAAUGAGAAGAGAUUUUACAAUACGUCGAAGGAACUAGGGAAUAUUCACUUGAGCUACGAUACUACUACAAGCGCAGAGUAUAUGCUUAGCUAUUGGGAUUUAAAAAUGUCCUCUUGCUUUUACUUUAUCAUUUAAACACUUUCAACAUCCGAUAUUGGUCUUUCAAUGAAGUGGCUAAUAAAGAAAUAAGUAAAAGAUUACCACCUAUAUAUUUCGUGUCUUUAAAAUUGAGUUUCACGUACUAUUUACAAUUUCAGUCAUACGAGCACAGAUACACUACCAGAGUCGAUUAGUUUUGUAUCCGAUAUACCUUUCACUUAAGUAGUAAGCUUACAUUUAACCAAUUUCAUUUCUGGAAAGCUUUAUUUCCUCUUGUGAAAGAUGAUAGCGAAGAGAGAUCUUUAAGAAAAUUAUGAGCUAAAGUAACUUUUUAUGGCUGUAGCAUCAUGCGAAUAAGUUUCAUCGUGAGUUGUUCUUCUCGAGACAUUUCAUAUCGUUUAUAAUUAAAAUUAAGAUGUGGUAAAAGUUAUUUGUUUCUAAAAGCCAUGAUUGAGUCUGUCGGUUCAGACUCGCGAAGAAAUAAAAACAUGACAUUGCUGUUAAUUUCAUUUUGUAAUUCAGUAAAAUAAUACGGCGAAAAUAUUGGUAUGAUUACAUCGAUAUAUGGAUGCACAUACAUAUAUAAAUAUAAUUAAUGAUAUCAAUAUGUAACAUGGAUCCUAGUGUGUGAGAGAGAUGCGAAAUUUAUUAUUGAUAAUUUUUAA